UGUUAUUGUGCAUGAGUUUCUCUAACUCUCCAAUAAGUGAAAGGAGGCUCAGUAGCAAUGGAAAAAAAUGCAUACUUUGUUAUGAGCUCUCCAUACAACAACAAUAAUUAUGAUCCAAAAAAUCAUACAAAUUAUUUAAGUGUAAAAACACCAACAAAUGAGAGAUCUUCUCUUUCAAGUGCGCCAAAACAAAACAAUUGUGUAGAUAACAGCGCAAAAGAAAAAAUAAAUAAACAAACAACGAAUUCAAAAACAACAACAAACGAGAGAUCUCCUCUCUCAAGUGCGCCAAACAAGAAAAUUGUGUGGAAGAUAACGCAGAAAAAAAUAGAAAAACAAACAACUGAUACAAUGGUUGAUGAUAAUAGUAAUGCUAAUGUGAACAAUAUCACAAAUAGUAUCAAUAACAAUAUUAAAACUAUAAAAACCAUUAAUGAUAAGGAAGAUCACUCAAGCCCAAUGUCAAAAAAUACUGGUGCCAUACCAAAAAACAAGCCAAAUACAUUAAGCUCGCAUAAAACGGAAAAGAUCCAAACUGGAAUGGACCGUUAUGUCACUUAUACAAAACGUAAGUCCAGCCCUAGGACUUCAAAAUUGGAACCAAAUCCGAAUCCGAAAAUUCGAUAUAUCAACAAAUCAUAAAAUUAUCUCCAUUCAAAGUUUUAAAAAUCGAAAGAAAGUCAAGUCGGAUUAAAAGUUAUCGCAUAUUUGGAAAAUAAUAAAUGGUUUUAUCUUCCGCAACGAUUUGUGAAUGAUAAAAAUUGGACUAUUAUUUACAAAGGUCGUCAAUCUUCAAAAGGGCUUCAAAUAUUUAAACUUACUUAUA